AAGUUCCUUCCUGCUUUCUUUAUGCAACUAGUGUCAUCCAGUGUCAGGAAGGGAAUGAUGAAAUGUACAAUCUCAUGCAGCUGGGCUUUAAUUGCUCUGUUGUGAGACAAGGGAGAAAAGAGAGACAACCCAAGCAUCUGCCUGGCCAGAUAAUAUAAACCCUAACCACUCAAGGAUCUUCUACUUCUGUUUUGCCUAUCCGGAGUGCAAAAUCAACUUAAAGAAAACAGGAAGAUGGACAGAAAUGCAGCUGGGAAGGGGAAAAUCCGGCUCUCUAAGAGCCUCUCAGCAGGUGAAAAAGAAGCUGUGGCUUAUAGAAGAGAAGCAGUGAAAAAGGGGCUUGCCAAGCUUGGAAUCUCAGCUGAUGUGAACAAAAUGCCCAAUAUUGCAAUCCUGGGAUCGGGGGGAGCUCUGCGGGCAAUGAUUGCCCUUUAUGGGACACUGGUGGAGUUAAAGAAGAGCAAUAUAUUGGACUGUAUUACAUAUCUAGCUGGAGUGUCGGGUUCUACCUGGUGUAUGUCAUCCAUCUACAAAUAUGAUGACUGGCCACAGAAAAUAGAGUCCUUGGAAAAACUUCAAGUUGAUAAGCUUGCCCAAAACAAGUGGAGUGUGAAAGAGGGAACAGGAGCUGUAGCUGAUGCUGCAGAUGAAGAAAACUACUCUCUGACUGAUUUUUGGUCCUAUAUAAUUGUCCAUCAGUUGCUAACAGAGUUGGAUGAGGCUGAACUUUCUACACAUAAAGUGCCUGCGGAAAGAGGGCGAGUUCCCUAUCCUAUCUAUGCGGCUGUGGACAAAAACACCUACCAUGAACAAAAUGAAGGCACCUGGUUUGAAUUUACCCCACAUGAAGUUGGAGUUCCUGGCCUAGGAGCAUAUGUAGACAUCAGAUACUUUGGGAGUGUAUUCGAAAACUGCCAACUGAAAGAAGAGAAAGAGCAGAAAAACAUCUGCUAUCUACAGGGUUUAUGGGGAAGUGCCCUUGGCAGUGAGAAAGAAAUUAUUGAGUCUAUAACAGAUUCCAUAGGUUUAUUUCCAAACCAGAACAGAUCGAGAGCUAGAGAUGAUGAAACUUGGGAUUUUCAGGUUGUUAGCACAUUCUACCAAGCCUAUCAGUGUGUUGUGGAGCUACACUUGCGUGUAGUAGAUGGCAAAGAAGUGGAUGCACUUUUUGACCGCCUUGAAAAGCUCCUGAACACCCCCAAGACCACCAAAAGCUAUGAAAUGGUCCGAAAGAUGCGCAAGACCUGGUCUUCUUCAGAUGCAACAAAAAGAAAGAAUGACUGUAUUGGGCUGGGCAAAACUUUGGAGUCAGAUUUUGGAGAUAAAGUAGUGGACAAACCUAUGAAAGUAAUGAAAGAUGGCAGUCAAGCAGUCUCUUCUGGAAGCAAAGAAGGUGAUCAGCUGACUCCAAGGGGAAAACCUCCCUCAGAAAAACCAACAGAAAAGCCAACAGAAGACUCUGAUUUGUGGAAUUCUCUUUUCUCAUUUGUAGCGGCCAAUGUUGGCUUUAAGUUCUUACGAUUUGUCAACGUGGUGAGAAAGACUUAUUCCUGCCUUUUGUCGUGGACAUGGGGGACUGUCAACAACUUCUUGUAUAAAUGCUCUUCUGUUAAUUCUCCUGCCUUGACGGAGGAACCGGUCCUCAAUCUGAUUGAUGCUGGUUUGGCCAUAAACACUGCUUACCCACUUAUGUUGCACCCUGAGAGAAAUGUCAAGCUCUUCCUCUCUUUUGAUUUCAGCUCUGGGGAUCCUUUUGAGACCCUCAAAAAAACCAUUAACUACUGUGAAAAACUAAGAAUCCCAUUUCCCAGAAUUGAUGAAAAAGAACUGAAUGACACAGAGAAUCCAAGAGACUGCUACAUCUUCAGAGGAGAUAAUGGCGUAACGGUCAUGCAUUUCCCACUGUUCAAUGAAGUGAACUGCCCAGGGAAAAUUAAAGAAUACAGUGACCAAUUUUCCACCUUCAAAAGGAACUAUAGCCGUGAAGAAAUCGAAAAGCUCAUAAUUGCAGCCAAGAUAAAUAUCAUCAACGUUAAGCAGAAGAUUGAGGAAGAGAUCAAGCGUACUAUGGGUUCACAACGUGCUUAAACAAAUC